UGGCAUCAAGCCUGUUUCCCAGCUGGCUUAGGAUGUGUUUCUGAGUAUACCAUCCAGACAUUAUUCACCUACCAAAUGUAGGACCGGGUGCUUGGAAAAAAAGACUGUCUUGCCAAUAGGGAGGGAAUCCUAAAGAAGGGAUUUCCAGAGAAGGUCUCUGAGAAUCAGCUUGUACCUGUAGCCUCCAGUAACAAAGGCAUCAGAGUUCUCCCUGAUCAAAUUGUCCCACAUUCUGCUAGAUAAUUCAACACAAAGGGAUGAAAUUUUCCAUGCACCUUCUCCUGCCUGCCAAGACACCGCAGUGUGGAUGAACUCCACUAUCAGUGAGUCAGAAAGCGAGGUCUCUUCCAUGGCCUGGAUCCCCCACAGGGAAGACCUUCAAAGAUACCUGCGUGAAGGGGAAUAUCCUCCCUUUCGGUCUGUUGCAAUGUUUGAAAGCAACUUUAUCCAGAUUACUAGGAGGGGCAAGAACGUGGACAUCCAUAAUCAUCCGACCGAGGCCACCAUCGGCAUCGUCUCCACCGACAACAAACUGCCACUGCCCAACAUAAUGCUCAUCGCCCGCCCAGUGCCCAUGCAGAACGGCCAGGUCCCCUCAGGGUGCCGCACCGAGCAGCUGGUGCUCACCAGGCUCCUGCCCUUGAAGUUUGUGCGCAUCUCCGUUCACGAUCCCGACAGGCAGCGCAUCAAGCUCAAGCUGAUCAAUGGGCGCUCCUACUACCUGCAGCUUUAUGCCUCCCCGGGGGAGCAGGAGCUUCUCUUUGAUCGCUGGCUGUCACUCAUCUACCUGCUGCAUCACCCCCCGGACUGGUACCUGCGCCCCAAUUCCUGCAUGCCCAGAGACAACCUCAGUGUGCAAAUCCUAGCGAGCGAGGAGGAAGAGGAGGAGGAGGUGGUGCCAGGAAGCCAGAACAAGGCUCAGGAGGAUGCAGCUCCAGAAGAGAAGGGACAGGAGCAGGUGGACAAUGCUGCAAGUCCUCUUGGUGAGAGCAGCAGCAGAGUGAGUCUCGCCCAAGGGCCAAGCACAGAGACCAAGCCGGAGCUCAACUCGGAGUCCAACGAGCACGAGAGCCUCACACAGUCAGACGUGGUGAGGCAUGAAGGGUAUCUGGGAGAAAAGGCCAACAGCAGCUCACUGCACUCCAGCACGGCAGUAGAUCAGGCCAGGGAAAAUACAGCUGUGUCUGUCCUGUCAGACACAACAGCUAAGGAUUCAAACACAUCGUCACAGGCUUCAGUGAAGGGGAGAUGCAGCAGCCUUAAGAUUGUGACGCUCUUUAGUGCCAUUUCCAAAACACUUCUGAGAAAGGGGAGUGAGGAAGAGAAGACUGAAGCUGACCAUGGAUGAUGGAGAAACUGAGACCCAUCAGCACAGAGGAAAGAACAGAGACGCUAGUCCUUGGAGGAGAAGGGAAGUAGAAGGGCAGUGCCCAGCUGGAAUGAUCCAAAACUGCUUCCAUAUAAGAAUGAAGGGAAAGAAACAGAAGAGAAAUGGAUGGAGAAUGGGAAGAAAAGUUUACC